CGCUGAACGACGUAGUGCUCGUAGCGCGCCUGCAAAUUUGAGGACUACGGAUGUUGUUCUCCUCUACAAAACAUCCGAAUUAUACACUUCGGGGUUUUUGAACAUCGGAAGACAUCAAAGCUGGCCUUUCCCUCUCAAAAACACACCACAUAUUUCAAAGGCGUUUGAAAUCGGAUACCGCUGGCGUUGAGGCCCUCACUUCUGUGCGGAGGGAUACGUUGUUGCGUCUGACAAUGUGGACGGAGGUGGCGAAGAUGUCUACGAGAAGAAUGAAAUCGCCUCAGUUGUAACAACAAAAACGGAAGACGUGAUUUUAGUUACUAUUAUACAAUUGUUUGCACUCAGACUUUGCUACAUUGAAGCAAACACGUGGGCGCUUGCGUGAAAAAGAGCAGGCUUCCCGGGACAAAAGGAAGGCAUCAACUGCUCCAAUGCGUUUCAUGCACUGAGGUCGAGAUUCUCUUGAAGUUUUAUGUUUUUCCCCUCGCCAGUCUCCGCAUCUCUUUUUAUUGUUGGAUAUCACACACUUGGAGUGCCGAGGGUUUAUUAGAGACUGAAGGGUAUGAACGAACAGCAGCAAAGAAUGGCUGCAGUGGAAACUGACAAGGAACUCAACGACCUCCUGGAUUUCAGUGCGCUGUGACGUCAACAAAUGCCCUAACCACUGAAACGAUGUUUGCACCUCCAGUAGCCAAUGGGAAAAACAGGACAAUGACACUGGCCAGCACUCAUUUUGGUGCAUCAGCAAUAGAUGAGCGCAGCGGCUCUGGGUCUUGGGGGUCUGCAGAGCAGAACAGUCCUUCAUUCAGCCAAGGACGGGGCUACGGAGAAGGAUCUCACUUCAAUGAGCAUGAAGGUCUGUCUUCUCCAUUCAUCAGUUCAGGGAUUACUGGUAAAAAUGACAGACCACCGUUCACUCCCUUUGGAAGUCAGCCUGGUUUUCUUCCUAGUGACAUAACGAUGCCCAGCCCAGAUGCCAUGUCCCCCUCUGGACUGAAGUCUGGCUCUCAGUUUUAUCCAUCGUACCCCAAUAACCCCAGGAGAAGGCCGCCUGAGGGAGGCUUAGACACCCAACCGAAGAAGAUUCGGAAACCCCCUGGCCUGCCGUCCUCGGUAUAUGCUUCCACAUCUAGUGAUGAAUAUGCCAGGGACAAUGGAGGAUAUCCUGGUGCAAAGCCUAGUGCUGUGUACCCAGGUUCUUUCUACAUGCAAGAAGACCCCUGGUCAUCUUCAGGCUACUCCGCCAUGCUGGGUAACUCUCCUCACAUUGGACAGCCAGGUUCCUUCCCACCCAUCAAUCCACAGGACAGAAUGAACUAUCCUCUUCAUGGCAGUGAGGUCAACGGCUUCCACCCAGCCCCCACCACCUAUAACCACACGCCUACGAUCAACGGAGAAAGCAUAAUGUCGAGCAGAGGAACCACAGCAAACAGUUCUGGAGAUGAAAUUGGGAAGGCUCUUGCUUCAAUCUACCCAUCGGACCACAACAGUAAUAAUUUCCCCUCAGCUCCUUCCACUCCUGGUUCUCCUCAGGCUGUUGCAGGAGCUCAGUCACAGUGGCAAAGAUCGACCACACCCAACUAUGAAGGGCAAACACACACACUGCAAAGUAAAAUGGAGGACCGCUUGGAAGAGGCCAUACAUGUUCUCCGUAACCAUGCUGUGGGCCAGAACCCUGCCUUAGAUGGCGCUCACGCUGACAUGCACAGUCUGCUGUCCUCCGUACACAAUGGGGCCCUUGCGGCCCUCUCUCCAGCUUUCCCCAAUGCCAACCUUGCUCUCAGCAACAGACAUCCCGCAAUGCAGGGGAGUAAACAUGAGGAAUCCACAGGCCUUCCGCCCAGCAGCACCCUCCUGCAUCACGCAUCCGGACCCACACCGGCCGUUGGCCAACCAGAAGGCUUUACUAGUCACCCUGGUUUGGCCCGCUCCACACACUCCUCCAGCAGCUCAGACAUCAAGAGAGAAGACAAAGAGGACGAUGAAAACUCCUCUGUUGCAGACAAGUCAGAGGAGGAAAAGAAGGAUGCGAAGGCAGCACGCAGUCGAACAAGAAAGGAGGCGUUGACCCUCCAGAUGCUCUCUUGCCUAUCAGACCAGAAAGAUGAUGAGGAUAAUGAGGAGGAUGAUGAGGACCUUCCUCCUGAGGUGAAGAUGGAGCGCGAGAGGGAACGGCGAGUGGCUAACAAUGCCCGAGAGCGUCUUAGAGUACGGGACAUCAACGAGGCAUUCAAGGAGCUGGGAAGGAUGUGCCAGCUGCACCUCAGCCAUGACAAACCUCAGACCAAACUUCUCAUUCUCCACCAAGCAGUAAAUGUCAUCCUCAAUUUAGAACAACAAGUCAGAGAGCGCAACCUUAACCCCAAGGCAGCAUGUUUAAAACGGCGUGAGGAAGAGAAGGUUUCUGGGGUGGUUGGAGACGCACCCAUGCAGCUGUCGGGAGGCCACCCUAGCAUGGGGGGAGAUGGCCACAAUCCAGUGGGCCACAUGUAACACCAGGUGUGGUGGUGUUUCCCUGGCUGUCAAAGGAUGUGGCCUUAAAAUAUUUCUUCCACCCAUUAUUCUCAGUGUGUGCGUGUGUAUAUGUGGACAUGUCUGUGUAUUGUCCGUUCAAGUUGCAAGAUGCACAUUCACACACUCAUACACACAUUGCAUACUGCCAAAACUGACAUAGCCUGUUUGUCGCACUCCCAGCCAUGACUACGAGCUCAAAUGUGAAGAACAUUUUUUGUUGUUCUUUUUUUUUUUUUUUAAUUAAAAAGAAAAAAACAUGUAAGACUUUUUUUUUUUUUUUUUUUUUUUUCUUUUUGGUUUCCACGCGAUUGAACGCCAGAGUACUUUUAGUCCUGCCGCAUUUUUGGGACUACACACACUGCCAAGAGAUGCUCUGGUGUAGGGAAAAGAAAAACGGAGACCUAAACAAACACAAAUUGAAUCAUGGAUUUGUGCCUAAUCGUUACUACUUUUUUUUUUUUUUUUUUUUUUUUCUAUUUGACAUUUAAGCAAAUUGCUUUACAUGUGAGAAACAUUUGUGAGGGAUUGCUUAUGUGUAUGAGCAACUAUUUUUAAUGUAUGUCAUUCCCAGUGUGAUGGUACAGUCUUACAUAUGUUAUGUAACCAAGCCUAUAGUUGAAGUUGAAUUUUCAAAAUUCAGUCACUUUUCCUGGUCUGUGUGUCUGUGUGUAUGGAUGGACGUUUGCGUGGGUGUGGAUGGUGGUGGAAAGGUCAGUCAUAGUUUUGACAGUUCAACUGCAGCUUACCCGAAAGAUGGAAAAUCUGACCCUACAGUCAGUUUUUGACUCGGGCCUGGUCUCGUCCCAAAAGGCACCUGGAGGCUUGGAAUUGAAGAUUUCUUCCUCGAAAGAUAUGGAUUAUCCAAGUGGAAGAAUCUGUCAACAAAACAAAAACUAUUCUUCCUCCUUGCUGACCAUGAUUUAUAGUGUUACUCCAGUAGCCCCCUUUUUUUUACAUAUAUAUAUAAAUAUAUAUACAUACAGGUUUUUGUACUGCUUUAUGUACUAAAGCAAACAGACAAAACAAAGCACAGUUGUAUAGACAGGCUGUAAGCUAAGUGUUGACCUGUAUCACAUUUCAGUCGCUGAAAGUCUUGUAUAAAAGCCAUUUGAAUCACUUUUAAGUGAUUGGCACUGCUUAGUGCUGUUACUUUCUUGAAAUGGUUUACUGACUGUGCCAGCAGACUUAACAGCUCAAGUUGUUCCCCUUUAUUGAUGUUCUGGAAGAGACAAAAAUCUGGGUUCUCAUCAGCUGCAGUUGUUAAAGCAGACGAGCCUUCGAGUUAUUGAGGCUUUCUUUUCCGAAAUGAGCAUUCCCACUGAAUGACAGCCGCUCACCUUCCUCCUGAGUAAGUGUGUUCAUACCUUUCUUACUGAGUGAAGUGUGAUGUGUAAAUUCACUUCAUACAUUAUUGUUUCAUUUUUCAAAAUUAAAUAUAUAUAAAAAUAUAUAUUUUUUGUUAGUCUAUACAUUGUAGAUUUUUUACAUAAAUGGCAAUAUUAGUUUGAAGUUUAGAGUGUAUUGUAGAUGAGCUGUAUAAGGGGAUAUUUGACAUUUAAAAGUUAAUUCAAAAUCAAACUGGGAUGAUGGAGGAAAGGCAUCAUUUGAUGAUACAUGGGGGGGCGGGGGGGACUUUGCUACAUCCUUUUAUUCCAGCUUUAGUUGCAAGGCGCAUCAUCAGCUACCCAGAUAUGAGCUCUGUCUUUCUGUUUGGGCAUUUGUGGACAGAGGCGGUGGCAGAUCUUGUGGAAGUGGUCUUACUUCAGCAGUGAGGCCCUGAUGGAAAAAUGUGGGGAGGGGUUUUUGUCUAACAGUAAUUAAUAUGCAACUGGUUUUUGAAUGUAGCUAUGAUAUAAAUGUGGAUCGCCUUUAUUUUCAAAGUUGUGUUCCUGGGUUUUGUCAGCACAGUGUAAUAAUUUUCAUUUCACACUUGUAUGUCUGCCGUCAACUAAGUGGCUCUCAGUACGCAGCUCACUAUCAGGUUUCCUGCGCACUUAACUUUGGAGGCAGACAUCUGUAUUUGGGUGUAAGGUAAUGGAUAAUAUGGAGAACAAAACAGUGUUAUUGUGAUGUUAAUCCCAUACCAUGUUGUGAAUGGUUUCUUUUUAUCAACAUGUAAUCUCAAAUGGGAGGUAGAGCAUUUUGUGUUUAAUUUCUACAAAAAGAGAUGAAGAAAAAGACCUAUACAAAUCAACAGUGUGGCCUUUUCAUUCUCAAGACUUAAGAUGUCAUGAUGGGAGAGUGAUACCUUAUCAGUGCCUGAACUUGUAUUUUUCAUUUAAUACAGUUUUUUUUUAUUUUAUUUUGUGAACCAUAUUUCAUUUAUCAUGGAGAUUAAAGAGGUACUUGUUCAUUCCCCCACCCUUCUUUCUCCCAAUGUUUUUUUUUUUUUUUUUUUUUCUAAUUUGGAGGAAGAAGGUUAAAUGGUAUAAAGAGAUUUUCUUUCUUUCAGUGUAUCUAGUUAAAUAAAUAAAUGUUCUGUAGAUCUUGUUUAGUUUUACUCCUUCCCCCCAUUUUCAUUAUUCAACUGGCUUACAUUGUCCAAACUGCUGUUUUGAUUAAGGUCGUAGUCAGGGGUCCAGGUAGUUCUGUCUGCUCUAUAAUCACAAAAUCACUUGACAUAAUGGGGUUCAAGGGAGGCUUGCUUUUGUCCCUUAGUGUCCAUUUUUGAUGCACAUGAACAGGAGAUGAAUUUUUAUACCCAGUAGUAGCUGGAACCUCUGACCUGGAGCAUUUUAAUUUUGUGUAUACUGUAUAUUAAAACACAAGCUCUUUUCUGCAGUGACUUGCAGUGUAUUCAGUUUCAUCUUCAGAUGUGACCUUUUAGACUUCCUGCUCUUUGGUGACAUCGACAGUGACUUUUUGUGUGAAGUUAUCACUUCUUUCAAAAAGUUGUUCUUGGUUCAGUUUUUUUUGUUUGUUUUUGUUUGUUUUGUUUUUUAUAUAUAUAUCUACUAUAAAAUCAAUGUGUCCUGAAUACUGCUAAUUUUAUUUUAAGGGAAAUCUCACCAGAUGUCAAUUAUAUCAAAAAUCCAUUAUUCUAUGAGCAAAACAAAGUUAUUUACUAGUGGGAAUUUAAAUUCUCAGCUGAAGUCUGACAAAUUCUGACAACUACAGGAGCUUGUAAGUUGUCAGCUGGUGGACUUGGUCUUUCAGUAAGAAACGAAAGCAGUGAUUAAAAUCUUGCUUUCAACAGUUUAUUUUAUUUUAUUUUUUUAGGGUGAGACCAUUGAGUGUUAAAUACAUUCAAAGUUAAAGAGCCUGUCAUCUUGGGGACAAUGUUGACUUAUCUGGGGUCGUCCAUAGAGUCCUCCUGUAUAUAACAGUAAAUGUAGCAAUAAAUGUGCCAUUUUUAAUAACAGAUUAUACCUUUUCCAAUGUCUGGUUUUUGGAUAUUGUAUACACAGAGAGCAAAAUAAAAGAAACCAUUGUAAUAAAGGGUUUACUGUAUUGCGGAAAAUAAAAUUGUUUCUUUUUUUUUUCUUAA